UGUUAGGUUUUCUGGAGAACCGGCAAUUCACAGACGCUGCAUCCAACGACCGACCAUGGGAGUCUUCACAUUCGUGUGCCGCCAGUCUGAUGGCCAGUGGAACGCUAAGCAGCUCUCCAAUGGUGACCUCGAGGCAUCCGCUUCCUCAACCUACGAGCUCCAGAGAAAGCUCGUCCAGACCGCUCUCUACACCGACUCCUCCGGCGGUGUCCAGUCCUCUUUCUCUUUUGUCACCCCCACAUCCGCCGUUUUUCAGGUGAUCAUUGGUGGUGGUGGCGGUGGAGCUUUCUUUGGAGGAGGUGGUGCUGCUGCGGCAGCUCCAGCAGGAGGCGCAGCAGCUGCAGCUGAUGCACCCGCAGCUGAGGAAAAGAAGGAAGAGCCAGCGGAAGAGAGCGAUGAAGACAUGGGAUUUUCUCUCUUUGAUUAGAGAAUAUGAUAUGACAAGUUACUUUUUCUUUCUUGAUAUGUUCUGGUUUUUGGAUUAUGUUUUGUUUUGUUUUGCUAGACUUGGUGAAUUGCAUUUAGCUCAGAUUAAGCAUUUUGGAGUAGAGAAACUUUGUAUGUUAAUUGAAAAAGCCUAUUUAAAAAAUUUCCAUGCCUUGUUGAGUGUUUGCUUGUUUGGUCAGUGAUGCAUUGUUAGAUGUUGCAAUGUAAGGAUCCUGAUUAGUUUCAUCGAUAUAGCAAUUUCAAGUUUAGGGGUUUCUUGCUGGAUUGAAAAUGCAAGAAAAACUAAUAUAUGCUUCAACUCUUAGUGUUUCUGGUUAUCACAAAUGAUCAGUAGUUCCAUUGAUGAUA